AAAAGUCAUGCAAAAAUGUUGAUUUGAGAUAAUAAAAUGAUGAUAUAUUUAAAUGAGAGUGUGGUUAAAUGCAGAAGAAACACAACUAACCACACCUGCUUAUAUUUACUUCACUCUCUCUUUAAAUACUCAUUCCCUUCAUACUCAUCUUCCUCAACACCACCAACACUCUCUUCUUCCUUCUUCAUCUUCUCGGCUCCACGAAAAUGGAGGGGAGGACGACUAGGCGCGCCUUCCAUUGGGCUGCUUUCGCUGUGCUGCUCUCGCAAAACUUGGUCGUCCGCGUCGUUUCCAAACCCGAACACUUGGAUGAUCAGAAGACCUACUACACCCCCGACCCCAAUGCACCUACUCCUCCUCCUCCUAUAGUUACUCCGCCACCGUCUCAAGGAACCCCGCCUCCCAACAACUGCGGAAACAACCCCCCAAGUGGCCACCACCCUUCAACGCCUUCUGGAGGAGGGCACAACCAUUCCCCUCCGCCAACGGACCCCACCCCGACUCCUACAACGCCUACCACCCCCGACCCCAAUGCACAACCUCCGCCUACCACUUACUGUGGCAACCCCCCAAGCGGAACCGGUCCACCAUUUGAUCCCCACCCAACUCCCACAACGCCUUACCCGACUCCCUCCACGCCUUACACCCCGGACCCCAAUGCACAACCUCCUCCUGCAGUUAGUCCCCCACACAGCUCGCCACCUGCUUACUGUGGCAGCCCCCCAAGCGGAGGCGGCCACCACACUCCCCCCCCUUCCGGAGGAGGAGGAUACUACCAUUCCCCUCCACCAACAACGCCUUACACCCCGACCCCCUCCACUCCAACCCCCACCACACCUUACACCCCGACUCCCACAACGCCCACCACUCCAACCUAUGGGACACCACCGAGCACUCCGAUCGACCCAGGGACCCCUACCACACCCUACACUCCGACACCAACAUAUGGGACACCACCUAGCACUCCAAUUGACCCGGGGACUCCUACCACACCCUACACUCCGACGCCAACAUAUGGGACGCCACCGAGCAUUGGGACCCCUACCACACCCUACACUCCGACGCCAACCUAUGGGACGCCACCGAGCACUCCGAUCGACCCAGGGACCCCUACCACACCCUACACUCCGACACCAACAUAUGGGACACCACCUAGCACUCCAAUUGACCCGGGUACUCCUACCACACCCUACACUCCGACGCCAACAUAUGGGAUGCCACCGAGCAUUGGGACCCCUACCACACCCUACACUCCGACGCCAACCUAUGGGACGCCACCAAGCACUCCGAUCGACCCAGGGACGCCGACCACACCGGGCAUCACGGUGCCAUCGCCUCCAUUCUCGUUUGAUCCCAACUCCCCACCUUUCACCUGCAACUACUGGAGGAAUCACCCCCAGCUAAUAUGGGGCUUAUUCGGCUGGCUCGGAACCGUGGGAAGUGCGUUCGGAGGCGGUACUGGUACCGGUACAGGUAUAGGUAUCGGCACCGGUACCCCACCAAUCACGGGGGCAAACAUGAACUUACUCGAGGCUCUUUCCAACACUCGCACAGACGGCUUCGGAGCACUCUACAGGGAAGGCACAGCUGCUCUGCUCAACUCCAUGGCCAACACAAGGUUCCCGUACACUACCAACCAGGUCAGAGAUAGUUUCGUUCGAGGACUGAGCUCGAACAAGGCUGCGGGAGCUCAGGCGAAGCUCUUCAAGAUGGCUAAUGAGGGUAGAAUGAGUCCCUGAGCUUGUAAAAGGAAACAAAAACACCAUAGUGUUGUUUAUGGUAAUACUCGAUGUGUGUGUGUGUGCUACUUUCACUUGUUUGAGGUGUAAUAUUAUGUUUAUUAGUACUUUAUUUUUACUGUAAUAUUAGAAAGUUAAUGUGGUGGAGCUAUUUCCUAAACUUGCUAUAUCAGAAUGGCAAAGAUACAGAGGAACAGAAUAGCAUAAUCCAUUAUUAUUUUUACUGA